UGAAAAAUAAUGUUAUGAUUAUUGUUGCAGAAAGCAUGACGGAUAAGAAGAGCACCGAUGACGACAAAUACGGAGUCCUGUUAUACUACAAAUACACCAAAAUUCCCGAUCUUGAUGACCUCUUCACCACUUACACUUCCAACUGCACCGCACUCUCUCUUCUCGGUCGCGUACGCCUGGCCCCAGACGGUGUCAAUGUCACCAUCGGCGGAAAAUUAUCAUCUUUAAACGAACACAUCGCAUUCAUGUCCAAAAAUCAGUUAUUCGACGGAACAGACUUCAAGCUAGCAACCUGCAGUGAGCCCAUAAACGACAAAAUCGCAGAUGAAUGCGGUUUUACUACUCUUUCCAUCCGAAUCGUUAAAGAAUUAGUUACGUUUAGUUCCCACCCUCUUUUAAAACCACCCGAAAUAUCAAACGCCGGACAACAUUUAUCCGCUAUUGAGUUCCAUUCACUACUUCAAAAUGCUAAUGCUUCAGAAACUUCAAGAAAACUUGUUCUUUUGGAUGCAAGAAAUUUAUACGAAACAAGAAUCGGUAAAUUUAAUGCUCCGAAUGUCGAGACGUUGGAUCCGGAAAUCCGACAAUACAGCGAUCUUCCUUCUUGGUUAGAUAAUCAGUCUGAAAAAUUACGCGGUAAUAAUAUUCUAAUGUAUUGUACGGGUGGAAUUAGGUGUGAGAUGGCAUCAGCGUAUAUCAAAUCGAAAGGUCCGGGUUUCGAAAACGUGUUUCAGUUAUAUGGCGGGAUUCAACGCUAUAUGGAACAGUUUCCAGAUGGUGGAUUUUUUAAAGGGAAGAAUUUUGUUUUCGACCAUAGGGUUUCGGUGGGACCCUCCGAUAAUGUGGUCGGUAACUGUCUUGUUUGUAACUUCCCGUUUGAUGAUUAUUCUUCUAGAAGCAGAUGCAGAUAUUGUAGAAUGCUAGUGUUGGUCUGCCACGCGUGCAAGGGUAUGAAUCCGUCUUAUGUUUGUGAGUUAUGUCAGAAAUACGGUAAGCUUGAUGAACCCGAACCUGAAUCCGAAGCUAAACCCGAACCUGCUUUGAAGGGUUCGAAAAAGUUGAGAAUUUUGUGCUUACACGGGUUUCGACAGAACGCGUCUAGUUUCAAAGGAAGAACCGCAUCGUUAGCUAAAAAAUUAAAGAAUAUGGUGGAGUUCGUUUAUAUCGAUGCGCCACAUCAGCUUCAGUUCAUUUAUCAAAAUCAAGAAACCGGCGAAGCAAAAUUUCCACCGAAUAAAGUAUGCAAUAGGAAAUUUGCAUGGUUUAUUGAUCCCAGUGCCGAUAAAAACACGAGUUUAAACUGGGAAAUGGCUCAAACUCCGUUUGAUUCUCUGCAGUACCAGAAACAAACUGCGGGUUAUGAUGAAUCACUGACGUAUCUGAAAGAAUUCGUGACUAAAAAUGGACCGUUUGAUGGAAUCUUGGGAUUUUCUCAAGGGGCAGCGAUGGCUGCUUGUGUUGCGGCCCAGAAAUCGAGUUUGAAGGGUGAGAUUGAUUUCCGAUUUGUGAUAUUGUGUUCUGGGUUUCAGGUUAAUUUAGUAGAAAAUGAGAAGAAUUUGAUCAACUGCCCUUCGCUUCACAUAUACGGCAGUGACCAUGGAAAAGAUACGCAGAUAGCGUUUGAUGCUAGUAAAAGACUUGGGUCGUUGUUUGAAGAAGGUUCUGCGGUCAUAAUUGAGCAUGAUUAUGGGCAUAUUAUUCCUACAAGAUCACCAUAUAUCGAUAUGAUCAAAGAUUUUCUUGAACGUUUUCACUAGAGGUAUGGUUCUUGUUGAUUUAGACGGUUAUUGAUCUUUAGAUUUACAUUUUGAUUGGAUUUAGAAGAAUAUGGUGAAGAAAUGAGACUGUUAGGAUCAUGUUGUACGUCAUGUCAUGUAACAGAUUUUGUGUGAGAGAGAUGGUUAAUUGCAUGAUUCGAUUGUUGUGUUUGUUAA